AUGUCUUUAGGACAGAUCGAGGAGGAGGAGGAGGAGGAGGAGGAGGAGGAGGAGACACCAACGGUAUCAGCGCCCUCUAUGGCCCAAGAAGAGUCAAGGGCAAUGAAAGAGAAGCAGUCCCGCCUUCCUUCUAAACCAGAGGAUAACGCACCGCUGCUGGACCUGGAAGAUGAGACGGACGUGGAGAACAAAGAGGUGCAGUUCGAGGACACGCAAGAUAAAGAACAAAACACGCCGGGAAAUGCUUAUGGAGAGGAGCUACAGAGCCCCACCGAUGCAGUAAAGGACAGCGGAGGAGAGUUUCAAAAGUCAGCAGCCUCUGCAAUUAUCCAGCAGCCACAGAGUGUACCCAAAACAGGUGCCUCAUCUCAGAUGGAUGAGAACAACAGUGAAACAGAAAGUGACGACAGUGAACGCCCCAUUGAGGAAAGCAAGGAGCCUCCGAUGAGCUGUUCCCCGGAUGUCAACACGGAUGAGACUAACGGAAAGUUGAUCAUCGCCGAGACAUUAAACCAAACUGACGGACGUGACCUCCCGACUCCUCAGCCAACUCAGGCCAACCGCAGGGGCGGCGGUUGGUGGUCCAGAAUCGGCCAUGCCGCUUGGGUUGUGUUCAGAUACAUUUUGGAGCGCCCAGAGCUUUUCUGA